GACAGAUCUAUCCCAAGUCCCAACAUUCUGCUGCUCCUUAACCUUCGUUUGAAUGGCGCAGCCUUCGCUCACUGGCUGUGAAUUUGCAGUUUAGUUCCUUGUCGUUUACAUUGAAUUACAAUUUCUGGUGUUCCUUUGGGGUUCGUAAUUAGAUCUUACACUACAGUGGGAAACGAAUCCUAAACGAAGCACUACUAUUUAAUAGAAUACAAACAACCUUACAACAUGUAACGCACUGGGAAAAAAAUGGACAUUGGUUCAUCUUGGGAUGCAUCCGAUAAGCCAGCCGGUUUGAGAGGGAUUUAGGCUAUUAUGGCAUCUGGAGAUCACAAUGUUGAAAACAGAGAUUUCCAGUAUGUCGAGGAGGGUCGGCCCAAUGAACUUCUCAAACAAAAAAUGCAACCUUCUGGCAACAAGAACAUGAAGGAGGUUACAUUUUUUAAAAAGGAAGAGUUAAAUAAUAAGAAGAGAUCUCCAAUUGGUCAGACUGCAAACAGCUCCUGUAAGGGGAAGAAGGUGGUGUCCCACAAAAGGAAAAGCAAACACCAGGUUUUGAACCCCUGUGGGAGACGGAAGCAGCCCCCUCUGAGCAGGGGCUGUGACAUGGCAAACAAGGAAAAUGAAGUGGCAUGUGCAAGCAGCUUGCAUGAAAAACUACACAAGGACCGCUGCAGCUUCCCAGUGAACUCCGGGGACUCCACUAAGAUGGAGGGUGCUGCUUCGAAGUUCAGCGAUUAUUUCACAGAGAUAUCUAAGGAUCAUGAUACAAUGACACAAGUGCUUUUUGGGAGAAAUCUGAAGCUUAAUGUAGCUCUGAGUCUUUGGCGAAGAAAUGCAAGUGAACUGGUGGCAUACCUCAUCAGAAUUCAAGAUAUUGGUGUGCUGGCGGAUUGUCUACCUGUAAUAACAAAAAGCCUUCAAGAGGAGAAACCAAUUAUUUCUAUUGGCUGCUGUGUUGACCUCUUACCACUAAUUAAAGAUAUUCUUAAAAGCAGAUUCGAAGAAUACCUGAUAGCUGGUUUACACUGGGUGCAGUCUGUCAUUAAGAAAUGGUGGCCUGAGUUAUCUGCAAAUGGAACAAGUGCCAGCGAUAGCCAUCCAGAGGAUGGGAAUAUUCAGAUUAUGAAGCAACAAUUAAAAGAACUUUGGGAACAAGGAAGUCAUUUGAGUUUCGUUCCAGGAACUGCCGGUGAAAUCGCAAAGACUGUUGAAUCCUAUUUAUCACAGCUGCGCUGAAGUAUAUGUGAAACACUUAGAGGAAGUAACCACUCCCAGGACUUGCCGUCACAAAGCUGCUUUUCAGCUCUACAGUGAUACGGUUCAAACGGAUCACAUGGUCGCAUAUCCAGGAACACUACCAAGAGUGGUUCAAAGAACUCUCUGCUCUCCUACCAUGUCUAAAGCCUUCAGUUCAUUGAGAAUUACUGCUUCACAUUGAAGCGGUGGACCUGCCAGGAGGCACACACUAUAAAUACAUAUUUAUCAGGACAUUGGUAAGAACUAGGCUAUUAAACAAAAUAAUACAAAAAAAAAUAAAAGCCUUGAAAGUGCCAAUUGAUUUUCACUACAGCAUAUUUUGCCAUACAGUGCAUUUGUAUAGAUGAAUGUAAUAGUUACUGUAACACGGGUUUCAACUUUGCAGAACUUAAGUUAAACAGAAUUUGAAGACAUUCACGAUUUUCCUGAUCAUGUAAACUUGACUGUACAUGUAUAUACCACUAUGUUCUUUCAAUCAAAGAUUAAAUACAUUUACAACAUGUUUGGUGUCACGUCAUACAAGAAAUACAAAUUAAUGACUUAAAAAAGAAAAAUAAAAAGAUAGGAUUGUGCUUCCUACACUAUUUUUAGUUGACCAUCAAAGAUGUUACCUCCUAAAUUAUUUUUUACAGUUGUUUUUGUUUUGUUUUAAGAGAAAAUACAUUAUGUUCAUAGCUUAUCAAUGAAGUAUUUUAUGUUGGAUAAGUGGAUGGACAAAAUAUUGUGUAGUUGAUCCAGCACAUCUGAGUGGGCAAAACUGUCUUAAUGUAAUAUAUUUAGAAUUGCUUCUUCUGUGGAUCUUAAAGUAACUUGCACUUUUAAAGAUACUGAUACAUAGCAUACAAGAUAAGCACUAAUUACUUUUUAAACUAUGUGUUUUGAGCUUUUCCAAAUUGUUUAAAUGUUGAGUAUGACUGUUUUUUUUUUUUAAAUGGACUGAAAUGCCACUUUUUGCAUAAAGUUGCAUCAAUCAAUGAUUCAUGUUAUGUAUUGAGAAGCAGAGUUUUCAAAGUGCAAAAAAUAUUUUAUACGUUUGAAUAAAGAUGUUUGUAUAUAUAUAAAAAUGGUUAACAAGGAGUUUUGACUAUUUUCUUGUGACCUUCAAAUAUAUAAAUACAUAAAUAAAAGUGAUAUAAACUC